AACUGACCUCAGAAUCAGCAAUUUCGUGUAUUCUUUUUGGUUUCUUCCCAGGGUUGAAUCCUGAAGAGGAAAUGGAUUUGGCGGUAACCAGGCUGAGAGACGGAAGGCACGCCGAAAGCGCAAGUGAAUACGGUUUCUCUGCCGUAACCGUACUUUCUUCCCUCAAUCGUCGCUCGCUUCCGACAAGCAGCGCCCAGCAAAUGGGGAGCUCGGCGACUGAGUUCAUUGCAUCGAUCCUGGAUGGGCGAAACCAGCUUGACCUCUGGCAUUAGCGACUGCUCGAGCCCAUGUCUCACGGCUGGUAUGGAGUGACCCAUGUCAGUCGUAGACCAGUGCCAGAGUGAUCGGUCUGGAAGGUCGUGUAACAACACAUCAGAUUUGUUGAACUGGGGGGGUGUAGUCCUGGAAUAUGAGGAGCGGCAGCCUGCGAGACAACCCAUCAACAUGUCCGAUGUUCCCGUCAGGGCAGGGCGAUGUACAAAGUACAUUGAAUCGCCCCUCCUCAGCUCAAGUUCGGGAGGCUGGCUGGGCCAUAGGAAAAGGCCAUUUUCGUCGGCAUCGAAGAUUCGUAAGAGGCUUGCUCGUGUCGUUUGGCUUGCUGCAAUCCAAACUCAAAUCGAUUCAUUGUCUCAUCUGCGAGACAACCAUCGAUGGUCCCCCGCCGCACAAGAGAGAGUCUGCGCUAGGCCGAUGCCAAACCCAUUGGGAGGUCCUUGUUCGGCGGGGUCGGCCAGUUCAACCACAUUGGUCUGGGCAUCGUCUGCUGCUUGGUGCUUGCUCUCGCUCAUUUCCCGUUUUGCCCCCUCUCUCGUCUCUUGUCAUCUCUUGCAAUUUUGCGACCGCUCGCUUGUAAUGCUCUGAAUCUCGUCCUUGACUCGGGGCCAACAAAUGGAGAUUUUGCCCUCUCUCAAUGUGU